CAUCAAGAGGCGCAGUCCCCGGAGCCGAUCUGUCUAAUCGAGUAGGUCUGGUACCUACGGCCAAGGCAACGUGCAUUUUCUGCCGUAAAUAGAGAAGAAGCCUUUAAAAAUACACACAUACAUGAAUAUAGUGCAGCCAUGCAGUUGGCACUGAGUAAAACAUAUGGACAGAAGCCAGUUAAAUUUCAGUUAGAACAAGAUGGGGAUUUUUACAUGGUUGGUUCGGAGGUAGGAAACUAUCUGCGUAUGUUUCGAGGAUCUUUAUACAAAAGAUAUCCAUCUUUAUGGAGGAGGCUUGCUUCAGUGGAGGAGAGAAAGAAAAUUGUAGCGUCAUCACAUGCCACCAGUGUUACCCUACUGAAGGCAUCUGAGUGUGAGGAGAUCUUUGAUGGUAACGAUGACAAAUACAAGGCAGUGUCUAUCAGCACAGAGCCACCAGCAUAUCUCAGGGAGCAGAAAGCCAAAAGAAGCAGUCAAUGGGUCCCAACACUGCCCAACAGCUCCCACCAUUUAGAUGCUGUGCCUUGUUCCACUACCAUCAACCGCAACCGAAUGGGUCGAGACAAGAAGAGGACCUUCCCACUAUGUUUUGAUGAUCAUGAUCCUGCUGUGAUUCAUGAGAAUGCUGCCCAAAUAGAAGUACUGGUUCCCAUUCGUCUUGACAUGGAGAUAGAUGGGCAAAAACUCAGAGAUGCUUUCACCUGGAACAUGAAUGAAAAACUGAUGACCCCAGAAAUGUUUGCAGAAAUUCUGUGUGAUGACUUGGAUCUGAAUCCUCUGACUUUUGUCCCUGCCAUCACCUCAGCCAUACGUCAGCAGAUCGAGUCAUACCCCACCGACAGCAUUUUAGAGGAGCAGGCAGACCAAAGGGUCAUCAUCAAGCUCAACAUCCAUGUGGGAAACAUCUCACUUGUGGACCAGUUUGAAUGGGACAUGUCAGAACAUGAAAACUCCCCUGAGUCCUUUGCACUGAAGUUGUGCUCUGAACUAGGCCUAGGGGGGGAAUUUGUGACGACAAUUGCCUACAGCAUUCGAGGACAACUUAGCUGGCACCAGAGAACAUAUGCCUUCAGUGAGAACCCACUCCCAACAGUAGAGAUUGCCAUUCGUAACACAGGUGAUGCAGACCAGUGGUGUCCUUUGUUGGAGACACUCACAGAUGCUGAAAUGGAGAAGAAGAUCCGAGACCAAGACAGAAACACAAGACGUAUGAGACGACUGGCCAACACUGUUCCAUCCUGGUAGAAAGAAAUUUGAAGUGAUGGCUGAUGAUCUGGAAGACAACCUCUGGAGACCCAAAAGUUAUUGAGAAUGCUCACACAUGCAUUUAUACACACACCAUAAAUAUACUCAAUGUAGUCAGUGCUCACACUUUGAGGAAAAUGAAGUCAUUUUGGAACAAAGGACCCACAUAUAACCACAUAUACCAAUUGCAUUUGAAGGAUAAAAUGUGAUUCAAGGAUAAAAUGUGACAACUCUUCAGCAACAAAGGUUUCAGUUGUCUAGGAUUUAAAUGUCUUUGGACAAUGACCAUAGCCAAAACAUUUUAAUUAUGCUGCAAAUGAUCAAUAUUUUAAGAUAAUUGGAGUAAAAUCUGUCCGUAUGAACUUUACCUAUCUGUCACCCAAAUAUGUUCUACGAGGACCAAUAUAUUAUUGAGGGUAUUUACACAUGCAUGGACAAUGCCAUGAAUAUAUUAUGUAGUUGGUGUAACUGAUGCAUCAAUUUGUAUUAUCCACACAUGUAUUUCUCUGCAAAUCGAUAGUUUUUCAUAAACUAGCUAAAAAACAUCUGUAAUUCCCUAUUGAGAACUAAAUCCUUCACUUUUGCAUUGACAGUUUUACUCAUCACCUCAUUUAAUUUGCAUUUAAUUUGCAUACAUCAUGUAAGUGCUUGAAGCUAGGUUACCUGAUAAACUGUUUAAUGUUGAUUGUAUAUCAUAUAGUAUUUCAACACUGAGCAAGCCAAAUUUGUUGUUCAAAAUACUUGUAUUACAAAAUGUGUGUAGAAUGGCUGAUGAGUCCCCAAAAAACUGUGUAAUUGUUAUUGGUGGCCUUAUUUGCUGUUUUUAAAAUGGUAGAAAUAAUGAGCACUAUGCAUGUUGAUUCCAGCUAGGCUCAAGACGUGUACAUGUAGAGGCCAUUGAUCAAUGGAAUGAUUAGUUGCAUGUGUUAACACAUAUUGUAUGCUAUUACAUGGCAAAAUUGUUGAAAUAAUAAUUAUGGGCAUUUUUACUUGUGGCACUGUACGUCAUAACUCGUUCUUUUUGUAAAAC